AUGAACUCUGGUGAUGUUGUAGCUAGAAUUCUGGAUGAAAUUAAGCAAAGGUCAUCCCUACAUGUGGAACGUAGCGGGAGAGUUGCGCAUAAAAAGGCUAGACAGGUAGCAGGUGUGAGCCGUGACGAUAAAAUCAUAUCAAAGAUCGCCAGGAGUAGAUUCAUAUUUAAAACACCAUCUUAUUCCCAAAAUACAGACUAUUUUACACGUUUAAUCAAUAGUUCACCAAAGCCUCGCGUUCUGAGGUCACUACAUCAUCCGAUAGUUACUCAUUUACUCAAACUGAGCAACAGCUCUAGUUAUAGGUCAUACAGAGGACUAAUUCUGCUUUCCAGUAUAAAGCUUAUACGGGAAUAUUGCCGGCUCAAUGGGUCCUGUGCUCGAAUAUAUACAACAACGCAUACGAACCAGCUGUUGAUGGAAAAUGACGUAAAAUUCGACAAGGUUCUCAUAGCAUCCAAAAGAGUCCUAGAAAGGGCUGGAAAUUUGCACUCAUAUGAUAGAGGACUCUUGGCAGAGGUACCAUAUCCGCAACCUUCCAGAGACCUGGGAAGCUCGAAACUUGUUCUAUGUGUAUGUCCAAGCAAUAAAAAUGAUAUGAGACUUACCAAUUCAAGCCUUGGAACUAUCAUGAGAUCUGCACAAGGCUUGCAGUGGCAAUCAAUAUGGAUAUUAAAAAACGGGGAUAUAGACCUAUUGGACCCUCUUUCAAUAAGAGCAUCUCAAAACUGUUUAUCCACAAUGCCAUAUUCCCGUGGAACAAUUGAAGAAACACUGGAAUUUGCAAACAAGAACAACUUAUUCAUGUGUAAAUGCACCAAUAAUGGAAUCGACGUACAGUCUGUAGAAAUGCAAGAAAAACUGAAAUCAUACGAUGGUGUAAUGCUCCUCGUCGGCAACAUACCUUACGAACUACGCUCCGCAAGUACUGAAAUACGUGUAAACAUACAGUCUAAAAGAUUCUUAAAUGUUAAAAGCGAGGAAGCAAAUGUUCAUGAAAUAGGGGCGGGCACAAACGACACUGUGACCAAUGAACCAGAAAAACCCAGCUUAGAAACGAAACCAAACAACCCACACUACACGCUAGACACCCAAGUCAGCACUUCAAUCGCAAUGUAUAUAAUAAAAAAGACAUUCUUCAAUGACAUACCAAGGUCACCAUUCAUAAUGGCCGGAACCAAGAAUAGUGAUCACACAGACAAAUAA